AAUCGUGGGACUGUUGGUCUCUAUGCUUUUUUGCUCACUGACAAGACUGGGCAACUCAAAACAACGCACAAAUGCAACCACGGGUCUACCAGCCUGUAAACUCGACGAGAUCACCGAAUACCUGCCAACGCCAAAGACAGCUACCAUCCGGAACACUGGUGGUGUACUUUGGAUUAUUGUUACCACCAUAGCCAUCCUAUGCAACGCCCUCAUCAUUCAUGUGGUCARAGUUAACAAGAAUAUGCGCUCAACAACCAACUACCUCAUUGUCAACAUGGCAGUCGGAGACACAUUCGCAGCAAUCCUAACUACCAUUGUGGCACUGUAUGCUACUUAUAAAGGCUACGGGUGGUCUUGGGGUGCAAACCUUGGCGAAUUCAUCUACUGCAGGAUGAUAUGUCCAAUGUACUAUCUUUGCAUGCUCUGCUCCAUAUACAGUCUAGUGGUGAUCACAUUUGAUCGUUUCCUGGCUGUCAAGUAUCCUGUCAAAUACAAGAACCGUUCUUCCUGGACGAAACWCACCAUUGCCUGUAUUUGGCUGACAUCAUUUGCAGUCGCAACUCACUACGCAGUUCGAGAAAUCAGUUUUUGCGUAAUUAAAAGUGAAUUGUAUUGUWUACCURUUCCUUCAGGGGUGCAGGCAUAUCUAAUGCUAAUCCUUGGCUUUGUCCUCCCACAUUUUAUCAUAUUGACUCUAUACAUGAUAAUCGUGUACACAUUGUGCACMAGACGAGGACCUGGGGAGCAUGCGCAAGACACCAGCGGUCAGACAGCAACAGAGAAAGCUGCCAAAAAGAUCACUCUGAUGAUUGUGUGCAUUCUUAUCGCCUUCGACGUUGCAUAUGUCCCAAUCUUCCUCGYUUACCUGUUUCCGUUUCUCCUUGAAGCAAGGGUAAGCGAGAGCUUUCUUGAAGUUCUGUCGUACAAGAUCCUUUUGAUUACCAAUGGUAUUUCCAAUGCUCUUAUUUAUGCAGUAUUCAAUAAAAGUUUUAGGCAAGCAUUCCAGGAAGCCUUACYCUUUAGUCGUUCCAAGGUUUCAGUGGGGAAGCUGAACGAAAGAUUGACUACGAAUAAAGGGAGUCCUUCAUCACAGGACAAAACAUUYGUCUCUGGAACAUAAGUUUACAAUAAAUGUAAAGUCAUGAAGAUAUAAACAGUURCAAUCAAUGAACUGUCAAAUAGCUCCGCUAUUUCUAGCCUUGGUGAUUAAAUAACUGACGUUCCGAUUAUAUCGAUAUAGUGUAGGAACCAUGACAUUGUAUAAAGCUUAAGCUAUUGUGAUAAAGAAAUGGCAUUUUGCUAUAUAAGACAUCUUAUCAACAAUAGUCAUUUAUCGCUUAUGUAGUCAAGCUAACUAGUCAUCACUGUAGACAUUGAAAACUGCACAUUUGAAUUAAACAACAAUAAAA